AUGGCAAAUUCAAUAGAAAAGAAUGAAAAGGAAAAGGUAGAUGUCCAUAUAGAUAAUAUUGAUCUUAAUGAAUAUAAACAUAUUAUAAAUAAUUCACACAGUUCUGAUGAAGGUGAAGAGGAUGUUUCAUCAUAUGAUGAAAAUGAUAAUGAGGUAUAUAAUAAUGAUGAAUUAAUAAAAGGAGAUGGUAAUACUAAAAAGAAUAAACAAUUAGAUACAAAUAUAUAUAGAAAUAAUGACAUUGUGAAUAAUAAUGUGAAUGGUAAUUAUGGUUUAAUAAAUAAUAAUAGUAAUGAGAAAUAUAAAAAUAAUUGUAAUAUAUUUAAUAAGGAUGAUAAUAAAUGUGAUAGAAAGAAUAGAGAAGUUUAUGAAUUAAACAAAAAAAAUAAUAAGAACAUUAUAGAUACUAAAUAUAUAUAUGUAAGAUUAAAGACAAAUGAUUGUCAUAAUAAUAAUAAUAUAUAUAAAUGUCGAAUAGAAAAAAAUAUUACUAUUAAAAAGAUGAAGAAAGGAUUAAAUAAAAUAUUAAAUAAUAAUAAUAAUGAUAUGAAUUAUCGAAUUAUAUAUAGAGGAAGAACAUUAAAAGAUGUGGAUGAAAUAUCUAAAUAUAAUAUAAAAUUUAAUGAUAUAAUAUAUGUAAUAAAAGUAUAUAAAAAAAAAAAUGGAAAUGAUGUAACUCUGGAUUCAGGUAUUACAAGUUCUCAGCUAAGUACUAUAAAUGAUGAAUAUAAUGACUAUGGAAAGUAUGGACAAAAUGAUGGUAUAUCAAAAUUAAUAUCUAACAUGUUUGAUAAUAGUGAUUUUAUUAAAUCAAUAAUGGAUUCUAAUAAACAUUUAAAAAAGUUAAGAGAAAAAAAUUCUGAUUUAAAUCAUAUAUUAAAUGAUUCUCAAACAUUAAAACAAUCAUUUGAAAUGAUAAAGAAUCCAUCAUUAAUGAAAGAAUUAAUGAAAAAUACUGAUAGGGCUAUUAGUAAUAUUGAAGCUAUACCUGGAGGUUUUAAUACAUUAAGAAGAAUGUAUCAUAAUAUUCAAGAACCUAUGUAUGAAUCUACAGAGAAAUUAAUUGAUAAAAAAUUAAAUAAAGUUAAAAAUUAUGAUUUAAAUUCUACAUCACCACCUACAAGUGAAGCCUUUCCUAAUCCAUGGGCUUCAAAAAAUGACAAAAAUAAAAAUAAUAUGAAUAAUAAAAAUAAUUAUAAUUUAAAUAAUUUAGAAAAAUUAUUCCAGUCAAAUGAUAAGACACAAAAUAUUAGAUCAAAUAUAUCAGCAAAUAGUAACAACAAAAAUAAUAAUAAUAAUAAUAAUAUGUUGAAUAGUACAAAUAGCUUGAUUCAUAAAAACAAAAAGGUCACAAAUAAUACAAGUAAUAAUAAUAAUAUGACAAAUAAUAUUAUUAAUAAUAAUAAUUUCAAUGAUCUUAUGAAUAACCCCUUUUUGAGUAACUCAUUAUUUCCCUUAUUAAAUAAAAUACAGAUUCCACAAUCUAACAAAAAUAUUGGUAAUAAUAAAAAUGCCAUAAGUGGAAAUAAUAAUUAUCAAAAUAAUUUAAUAGAUCAAAAUAAAAAUGAUACAUUAUCGACAAAUAUAUUAUCUAACAAUAAUAAGGAUAAUAAUAAUUUAAAUCAACCAGUGGAUAAUACAUCUAAUAUGUUAAAUAAUUUGUUCAUGAGUAUGAAUCAAAAUUUAAAUAUGAAUUCCACACCACCGACAAAUAAUACAUCUAGCGAUUUGAUGAAUACUAUAAAUAUGAUAAAUAGCUUAAGUAAUCUAGGUAAUUAUAAUGCUCCGUAUGGCAAUAUUGUAGGUGAAAACGCAACAACAAACAAUAACAACAACAACAACAAUAAUAAUAAUAAGAAUAAUAAGAAUAAUAUUGGUAGUGCUAAUGCUAGUGGUAGCGUUCCUCCAUAUUAUAUGGAUCAGUCUUUUUUGAUGGAAGCCAUGAACUUUUUAAGAAAUACCACAAACAAUGACAUUAUUAAUAAUAAUAAUAAUAAUAAUAAUAAUAGUAAUAGUAAUAGUAACCGUUUUAAUAAUAUAAUGUUCAAUAACACUCCUCUUAAUAAUAAUUUCAGCAACUUUAUGAAUGUACUUCAAAAUGUAGGCACAGGAAGUGGACAUAUACCAAUUGGAACUACUAAUAACACAAAAGAAAAUCAAGCACAAAGAACUAUUAAAAAUGAAAUAAAAAAUGAUGAAUCGAAACAAGAAGGAAUACAAGACACUCUUAAAAAUAAUGAUACUAACACAAGUAAUAAUAUUAAUGGAGAAGCAAAAUAUCACGUUGUUUACUCUGAACAAUUAAAUGCAUUAAGAGGAAUGGGCUUUACAGAUGUGGAAAAAUGUUUAAAAGCAUUAAUUAAAUCAAAAGGUAAUGUAGAAGGGGCCAUCGAUUUUUUACUAUUAGAUGAAAGUAAUAUGAAUGAAAAUUGA